UCAUUGAGGGCAUCCUGCUCGAUGAUAGUCUGUCCUCUGCUCUUUCGCUUAGACGUAUAUCCCUUUCCCAACUGCCUGCAAGGGGUCUUUCUUUGUUUUGAGGCCCCUUUCCAUGCAGCUCACGGCUAACGUUUUUCUCCAGACGGCCAGUAAGCAUUAUCAUGAUGAAUAGAUUCAUUCUGAUACGUUGUUGAUGCAACUUUACGAAAGCGUUUCAUAAUUCAAUUAAAGUGCCGUUUACCCUUGAUUCAUUCAUGCCGUUAUUAUUACAAUUACUCGGCUGAGUUUCAGAUUUAGCUAAGGUGACGUGGCGCAUAGUUGAAGAUGGAUAUUGGUGCAAAUCAACCCGUUUCUGGGAAAGGAGUUUCUGCGAGACAACUGUCGGGGUAUGAUAAUCCUCUAAUAGUGAUAGAUUCACUAGAAGAUCUUCCUGCAUCAGAAGAAGUUGAUACGGCUGGCCUCAAUUGUUCAGUAGUCGCUCCCAACAUCUUUGUCUCGGACCGCGCAACAGCUGAAAAUGAAGGUGCACUCGUGCGUCUGGGAAUAACUCAUAUUGUUACGGUAGAUAGUCAUAGACUUCGUGCAGAACUCUAUACGGAGCCAAAAAGAUUUCAAUUUCACUUUAUACGAGCGGAUGAUGUUGUAGAACAGGACCUCCUCACACAUCUGCCAGAAAUGUUCCAAUUUUUGGACAACGCUGGAAGGAUUCUCUUCCAUUGUCAUCAAGGUAUCUCCCGAAGCGUAACCCUAUGUAUCGCCUAUCUGAUGCUCAAGACUAUGAAAAGUUUAGAGGAUAUAUCCAAACAAAUAUGCCAAGCACGUCCGCAAGCUUUUCCCAACAACGGUUUUUGGACCCAGCUUUUGCUGUUUGAACGAAUGGGAAACAAAAUCGAUCGCCAUGAUCUGGGCUUUCAAAUGUAUGCUCUAAAGGAAUGCCUCGGAAAACUGCUUGCUACGCGCUGCAGUCAAUCGCUGACUUUAGCCGAGCGGGAAAACUUCUAUCAGUUCCUUCCGGAGAGCGAAUAUAAUAUUCGCUGUAAAAAAUGCGGUUACAGAAUAUCAUCUACGAGCCGAGUCAUUCCCCACCAACCGCUGGACAGAAUUCGAUGGUCUCGUGGCCUUAUUUUCGAUCGCGACGAAAAAAGAGUACCCGGUCUUAUCGAAGCGCGCCAAAGUCAACGAGUGGCUCGUAUGUUCUACCAAAAGCCCAGUUACUUUGCACAGAUUAAAGCUAAAAUGGUGAAAGAACACCGCGAAGUGAUGUUGAGACCCAACGAACCUCACCCGGCUUCGACUGAACGCUGCAAAAGAACUAUUUUUAUAAUUCCUGACGAACAAAUUCUAAGUCAAGUUUAUAAAUCGCUUGAAAAUACCCCUGGACAUAUCACGUGUGAAUGUGGGAUCCAACUGGGAAGAUACAGUUGGAAUCUUCCUGCGGAAUGUGUGACGUGUAAUUCCCAAUGCGCAUCUGGCUUUAUGUUGUUUUAUCAUAAAAUCUCACCACUUCCUGGACACGAAGAAGAGCUUGCCGCGCGUCUUAUGUCUGGAACCAAAUGACCGAGUACUUUUGAAUUAUGAUCUCCCUGAUGGACGCUCUUACCCCACCGUGAGCACAAUACAGAAUCGAUUGGAGGGCAGGCUAUAUUCUGUAAUAUUUUUGUGCAGUGUCGUAUAGAACGCAAAGAAAAAAAACCGUUUACUACUGUGCUACAGACAGCGCCUUAUAUUUAUAUUUUUAUGGGACACGAAUAUGAACCUGUUUAAUAUUGAGAUUUCAUAUUGAUACUCAUGUUGGGGUUCUAAUCAUAAUGAUUUCCGCUAGUUAAAAUAAUAAAAUGAACAUGUGAAUUCCGUUGCUUUGCUUUAGUAAUGUGUAAAUACGACCGCUGGAAACAAGCAAAAGAAACUGAAUUAUGUGUAAACAGACAGGAAGUACCUAUAUAUUUAUGCCAAUACGUUUAACAACUCUCGGUAAAUAACUAAUAGGAUCGUACCCUAGGAUUCUUUUGGGUAAUUAUUCCGAUCCUUAAUCUUAUCUUCAAUCAUUGAUAAUAAUGGCUAUUAAUAAAUUUUGAUAAUUUAAUGUCUAUAAAUAAACCGCGAGAACUCAAUAUUUGGGCAAAGAUAGCCAAUUGCUCAAAAUAUCGGUAACUUAAAACCGAAAAUUUAAAUCUUUCCACACAAGAUGCACAUGGAUCACCAUACGCUGUUACCGUAGAUAAAACAGUGAGAGCAAGUUAGAUAUCACAGGAAACAUGCUGAAGGUUUUCUUUUGUAUGUGCUAUUAUCGUUUAUGUUUUAUGACAUUGGCGGUUCUUCAAGCUAUAGACUCUUGCGCAUUUAUGUCAAUCCACGUUCAUUUCCACAGCUUUCUCAUUGUCGAAGUAGUCGAAGUGUCACAAACUUAAAAUUCGUGGUAUAAUCCGUUGAAAUUUCAAUGUUAUAAACAUCCUUCCUCGUUUCUGUAAUACCUCAACUAUGAAUAGAAGUGUCACUUGAGAAAGACCCCGCUCGGUCGUCAAUUUCUGUAUUUUCAAUAACACCGAGUUAUCUCUGGCACAGCAUAUGAUAUAGUGUAAACUAUAUAUGUCCAACUUGAUUUAACAAAAUACGGAUCAGCCAGGUAGCCUAAAAUAAAUCUAGCUGCUAUGAAAUGGUUGGUUGAUUUAUGAUGACACUUAUGUGAAUCCUUCACGAGUACCAAAAGGUGACAGUACUUAACUUAGAGACAGUACCUUGGUUCUGAAUUUAGACGAGAUUCUGGGAUCAAGCUCACCGCAUGCAAAAACACUGCUCGGGUCAACAAGUGAUCGUGUCUAAGAGGUUUUUCUCUAUGAUAAGUAGCCAACGAGUAAAAUUAAAUGUACUUGACUUUUAGUGCUAUUUUAAGAUACUGGGAUAAUAUAUUGAAAAGAGUGGAAUAACGCAUCCAUAAAAUGGGUUAGAAUUAAAAACAAGCAGAAAAGCGUAAAGGUUAAUACGCGUUAAAUGUAUUUGAAUACAAAUGUGGCUAAUUUUAUGUAGUCACUUCAUAACACCAAACAACUAGAAUGUAUCUCAAUGUAAACAUAUGUGAGAACUAUUUUGUUUUCAACUAAACCUUCAAAAUUGCUAUAUCUGUUAAUUGCUGUUGUCACCAUCAGUUUACCAUAACGGAUUAUUACGGCCUAAAUACAACUAUUUUUUAAAUAAACGGACUAAUACAGAAUAGUAUUUCUCUAAAAAAAUAACUAUUUUCUCGUCGUAUUAUUUCAGACAGGAUUAAUUGUCCUAAGUGCCAUAGAUGUUUAGGCAGAUACAAUUGGAACGGUCUUUUCUGUGAGUGCGGCGGAGAGUAUGACGCUGGCUUUAUCUUGACCCGCUCGUCAAUAGAUCAACCAAGCGGGUGGUGAUAUGACAAGCUGCCAUGCUGGCAAGAUUGGACAGGUACAUGUAAAGAACAAAUUCGAGCAGGAAAACAAGCCAACGAAUCAAUCAAUGAUAAUUCUCAAACUUCAACGGCGGCCACUGUCGUUACGUAUAACGAGUUAGAUGUUCCGAAAAGGUACAAGCCAUGUAUCGGCCUAUCAGAAUCGUGAAGCCUUUGUAUUGGAUAUUUUAUUAUACAUUCUUAAUGUAUAUCUAAUACGUUAAAACAAAUGAAAAUCAACAGAUUAUAUAUAUAUAUUACCAAAACCACAGCGGAAUAAUAAUCAGUGUGAAGUACACGAGCAUAGAAACAACUGAGGCCAUAUAUAGUUUUAUUACUGUCUUCACCUGAAGGGUCUUGGUGCAGUUUACAAAAAUUAGAUUGUAAGAUGCCUUAGUGCUUACCAGAUAAGUUGACUGAAAAAUUGUGGG